AUGGUUAUAUAUAUGUGUUUGUGUUGGUUCGUAGUAUUCGAAGAUUUAUGCCGAAGAUUACAUUGAUGUGAGCUGUUUUAUAAUUCACAGAAUUUAAUUAUUUUGGUUCUGCGAGAUGAGCGUGAACUCUUUCGAGGACGGAAAUAAUGAUGUGUCGAAGACUAAAGUAACACAUGAUCCUGGUUGGAAUGAUCCUCCUAUAUUUUCUUAUGAUGCUGUUACUGCAACAACACAAUCCAAGACUCCAAAAAGGGGACUGCUCUUGAACAAGAGGGUGGCAUUUCCCCUGAGUUCCCAGUCACCAUCAAGCAUGCCACCAAUAAUAAGCAGUAUGUUUCUUGCAAGCAACAUAGAUUCUGGGAUAAUGUUGGGUGUGCCUCCAAUAGCAAACCAUCUCACCACAACAAGGAACACAACUGAGGAAAAUCCUGGACAGAGUUUACAAAAAGAAGAUGCUCUUCAAAGAGUAAUGGAAGGUUUUGAGCAGAUUCUUAAAGAUUCAGCCCAUAAUUUCCAGAACAAUGGAAGUGAAAUUAGAAGAAGAUUAGAUGUAAUGAAGAGGAUGUGGGAGGAAGAUAAACUGAAACCUGAGAUUUAUGUUAAGCUGAUCCAACUUACUGAAGCCCUCCAGAAUGGUAAUGGUGAACUAGCAGAUCAUAUCCACAUGGGACUUAUGGUGGAUCAUGUAUCAUUGUGCAGUCCUUGGAUGGUUGGUGUCAGACAAUUGAUUCAUCACGUGAAGUCCCAAGCCAUAAAGCAAGAAGAAAUGAUUAGUAAUUAACUGGAAGUAAAGCACUAUGUAGUGCAGUGGCUCUGAGCCUUUUCAGACCUAAGGCAACAUUCAUCCUCUCAAAUCAACUUGCAGGCAGCCUGCUUAUAAAGUAUUAAAACUGAUAUUUACAUGUGACUACAAACAGGUUCACAUAUUACUCACUUAUUUUCUUUGAUAACUUUGUUUGUUUGUAUUAAUUGCCUAUUUAAAUUAAACAACAUAAUUGAUAUAGGUGUCAGUAUUUUUUCCUUGCACAGAAAGAUACAAUGCCAAAAGCAUAAGUGGGCCACAUGAAAGACACUGACAGACCAAUGUGGCAGUGAGUUGUUAACCAUUGUUUAACAUUAUGCUAUUUGUUUACUGUUUUCACACAGUUAAAUAUUUUUGGAAAAAUGUAUUAUACAUUAUUCUCUGAUCAUAUAUAUUGUCUGCAAAUUUUUAAAUUAUUGUGACAGUAUUUAAAUAAAUGUUUGACAUAAUUCUGUGGGUAAUCUAUGACAUGCAGAAAGGAUACUAGACUUCUUUUGAAAAGUGCUUUUGCUUAUAACAAUAACAUUUUCAGAGUAGGGAUAUUUGUUUACAUCCCAUUUAGUAUUGGCUUCCCUGAGGGAACAGACACAGACAAGCAUGGUGAUACCAUAAGCGCAUCUUUUCACGUAAAAUAAACACUAGUUAAAAUGUGUGAACUCACAUUAUGGCUGGUAAAGUAUGAAUGUUCAAAAAAAGAAUUUGACCCUGGCCAUGUUUACAGUUCCCUGUUGGGCAUCAUGGUAUGACUAGAUUUGUAAAUGGCUGUCUUCUGGGUCGUUGUGCCAUGUAGUCUGGUAGAUGUUUACCUACCAUACUACACGGCACAUCGACCCAGAAGACAGCCAUCUUCAGACUCACGACUGAAAACCUCAAAUCCUACUAGAUUUUUAUUUGGCUUAUAUCUGGUUUGAAUCUCAGCCAGGUUACGAGUUAUCCUGACAGAAUUUCCGUGGUUUUCCUCAGGCCCUGAAAUAAUACUUUAAAAUAAGCCACAACUGUUUAAUCGUCUCAGUUUCUCAUUGGCUCAUAUGUAAUGUAACAGUAACUGAAAGCAUGUUAAAUAAACAAGAACCAGAAGACUCCA